CUAACAAGAUUCGUGUUUUGUGAUUUGAAUUGUGUUUUUCUAUAUCAUUGUUAAAAUUAUAAAUAUUUCGAGUAAUAUUAGUUAAACUAAAUAAUUAUUAAAUUAUUUAAUAAUGGCAGAGGCAUCUGAUUCCAAAUCUACCAAUCGUUAUUAUAAAUCUGAUUCAAAUAAUUUUAUAAGUGAAAUUCGACAAAUGAUGCAUGGAUUUGGUGAUUGUAGUAGCCCAUUAAAAGAAUCAGCAAAAAUAAUAGAAGAAGUUGUAUUACAUCAAAUGAGAGCAAUUGUAAGGAAAGCAUGUGAAAAUGCUGAAAGACGAGGAGUAUUGAAGAAGUCUAAUGUUGUUGGAGCAGAAGAUUUUAUAUUUUUGUUACGCAAAGAUAAAGUUAAAUUACAACGAUUAAUUAAAUAUUUAGAAAUGAAACGGCUGAAAAAUUCAGUCUAUAAAGUUGUGAAAGGCGAUGAUUCAGAUGAUAUUGUAGACAUCGAACAAGCAAAGAAUUAUAAACCAAAGAUUGCAUAUAGAGAAUUUCUUAAAAUGAUAGACAAUACCGGAGAACUUUUGGAAAAUAAAUCUUUUAUAGAUGAAAUUAAAUUAAACAGAUGUGUUCGUGCCGAAAUGAUGUCACGUUCAAUGGAUGAAGCUCGUUAUCUUAAAUUUAGUAAUGCACGAAAUGCAUCAUUCGCAAACAAGAAUCGUCAUAAAUUUAAUGAGUGGAUUUGUAUGGAUGGUGAAAUCACAAUAUCCAAAGAAGGUUAUAUAAUUUUAGGAUAUUUAGCAUACGAAACAGUUGCACAAAUUGUUGAUCUUGUUUUUCUAGUACGACAAGAUCAAACAAAAAUUUAUGGAGAUGCCAUUGAUCGUCUUAAACUUCAUUAUGUUAAUCCAUAUACAUAUAAGCCAUAUUAUCAUGGAAAGGGUGCUACAGCCAAGCCGAUAACACCAGCCGAAAUAAAUGAAGCUCUUAGAAGAUAUUGGUCACCGCAAUUAGAUAUGACAGGACCAUUCCAUCGUUGGUCAGUACAUCCACCUCAUUUAAAAUUUCUUUCUUGUUAAAGUUUGUACUCGUAAAGGAGGUAAGACUUU